AUGUCUAGAAGAGUGCCAUUAGAAACACAGGACUGUGUACUUUGUGCGAAUGCAGUUGAGACUACCAUUCAUCUAUGCAGAGAUUGCCCUUUUACAAAGUUGGUAUUACAGAAUAAUGGGGUGGUGGCUCAAACUUGCUUUAGCCCUGAAGCUUUGGGUAGUGACUUAGUAGGAUGGUUGAAGAUCUGUGUUCAGAGUUUGUCGCAGACUAAUCUGGGGGAGUUGUUUUACUUGUUGUGGGGAGUUUGGAAAGAACGCAAUAGCAGGGUUUGGGAUGAGAAAAGUUGUCAGCUUUGGGAUGUGUUUCUCAAGACUUCUACAAGGUUGCGGGACUUUCAUUUUCACAAUCAACCUUCUGUGAAACUAAAUAGCAGAUCACGAUUAGAGCGAUGGAAAGCCCCAGCUUUUGGGUUGUAUAAGAUUAAUGUGGAUGGUAGUUUUAACCAUGUCACAAGAAAGGGUAGUUGUGGUUUUUUGGUAAGGGAUAGCAUUGGUACAAUGAUUGCAGCAGGAGGGAAGCCUUUGUUUGGGUUGCUAUCGGCAGAACAUGCUGAAGCAAUGGCUUGUGGAUUUGCUUUUGGUGUUGCGUUGGAACAAAAUUUGGUGCCAGCAAUAGUGGAAACUGAUUCUCUUCUUGUACAGCAACAACUAUGCAGGAGUGAAGAUAGUAACUGGUGGUAG